CAGUACGGUUGUCUCUUAUAAUCAAAGCCUUCACCACGAUUUUUCUGAUUUGGAAGAAUCGAGUUAGGGUUUGAUUGGCAUAUAUGGGGAGAGGGAAGAUCGUGGUGAGAAGGAUCGACAAUUUGACGAGCAGGCAAGUGACGUUCUCGAAGCGAAGGAGUGGUUUGCUGAAGAAGGCGAAGGAGCUUGCGAUCCUGUGCGAUGCUGAUGUAGGAGUUAUGAUUUUCUCCAGCACUGGUAAACUCCACGAUUUCGCCAGCACCAGCAUGAAAUCUGUUAUUGAUCGAUACAACAAAACAAAAGAGGAGCACCAUCCACUUGGGAGUUCAACCUCUGAAAUUAAGUUUUGGCAAAGGGAGGCAGCAAUGUUAAGGCAACAGUUGCAAAACUUGCAAGAAAGUCAUCGGCACAUGAUGGGAGAACUGUCAGGUUUGACUGUAAAAGAAUUACAGACUUUGGAGAACAAACUGGAAAUUGGCCUUCGUGGUAUACGUGAGAAAAAGGACCAACUUUUAAUGGACGAAAUAUAUGAACUGCAUCAAAAGGGAAACCUCAUUCACCAAGAAAAUAUGGAACUGUAUAAGAAGGUAAACCUAAUUCGUCAAGAAAACAUGGAAUUGAAAAAGAAGGUCAAUGGAACAAGAGAUGGGAAUGGAACAAACAGAAAUUCUGUUCUCACAAGUGGUCUGGGCACAGGAGAGGAAUUCCAAGUUCCACUGAAUCUGCAGCUAAGUCAGCCACAGCAACAAAACUCAGAGGCACCUUCAGGAGCUACAAAAUUGGGCAGAUUGCAACUACGUUGA